AUGGAGGGUAAUUUCUUUCAAGGAGCAAUUCCAAUAUACUUGAGUUCUUUAAGAGGUAUUCAAGUCAUGGAUCUUUCUCGAAACAACUUGUCUAGUCAAAUUCCAAAUUUCUUGGAGAAACUUUCCCUGAAGAAUUUAAAUUUAUCCUUCAAUGAUUUUGAAGGAGAGGUUCCAACAAAAGGAGUGUUCGCAAAUUCUAGUGCAAUAUCACUCAUCGGAAAUAGUAGGCUAUGUGGGGGCAUAUCAGAAUUAAAGUUUCCUAGAUGCUUAACAAAAGAAGAGAAGAAAGCAAAGUGGCCUCUUGCAGUCAAAGUGGCAAUCUCAAUGGCAUGUGUGAUUCCGGUAGUAACCAUAAUGUCAUUUUUCUUAUUUUGUCGGCACAAAAGUCAAAGAAAAGAUAAUUCUUCAGAAUCUUCUUUAAGGCAAUCACUUUUGAAAGUGUCUUACCAAGUGCUCCUUAAAGCAACUGAUGGAUUUUCGCCAACAAGUUUGAUUGGUGUGGGUAGCUUUGGCUCGGUCUAUAAAGGUAUCCUUGGUGAGGAUGAAUCAAUUGUUGCAGUCAAGGUAAUAAAUAUUCAACGUCAAGGAGCUUCUAAGAGCUUCAUCUCCGAGUGUGAAGCCUUGAAAAAUAUUCGUCAUCGGAAUCUUGUGAAAAUCAUUACUUCCUGCUCAAGUGUGGAUUUUCAUGGCAAUGAUUUUAAGGCUCUUGUUUUUGAGUUCAUGCCGAAUGGAAGUUUAGAAAAUUGGUUGCAUAUGGAUUUGGAAACAAAUACCAGGCAAGUAGAUAUACAAAAUUUGAACCUUGUUCAAAGAAUAAGCAUUGCCAUUGAUGUUGCCUGUGCACUCGAUUACCUACAUCACCGUUGCCCAAUGCCAAUUGUUCAUUGUGAUCUAAAGCCAAGUAAUAUUCUUUUUGAUUGUGAUAUGAUUGCUCAUAUUGGAGAUUUUGGGCUUGCGAAAUUUCUUUUAGAACUUACAAAUCCGAAACAAAGCGACUCAUUUGGAAUAAGGGGAACAAUUGGGUACACUCCUCCAGAGUACGGUGUAGGAUGUGAUGUGUCAACAAAAGGAGAUGUCUACAGCUAUGGAAUCUUAUUAUUGGAGAUGAUAACAGGAAAGAGACCCACAAAUUGUGUGUUUGAGGGUGGCCUUAACCUUCACAACUAUGCUAGCAUGGCAUUGCCUAAUCGUGUAAUAGAGAUUUCAGACCCAAAACUGUUAAACAAUUGUGGAGAUACAGACAGAACAGAGGAGUGUUUAAUAUCCAUGGUCAAGAUUGGAGUAUCAUGCUCUAUGGAGUUGCCACAAGAACGAUGGGACAUUAUCAAGGCCUUGUCUGAGCUGUAUUUGGUUAGAGACAUUCUUCAUGGCGCUCGGAUUUAGCACUACGUUCUUGAAUAUUUAGAAGGCUCAUAAAGUUUUACAAUGGAUGGAAAGACACGUUCGGCGUUCUAGAUAAACAUGCUUAUAGUUUAUCGAGGAGUAUUCUACAUGGUUCUUAU